AUGCUAUGCAUACGAAAAGAAAACAAUAUUUUUUCAAGUCAAACUAUGUCCAGAAUUGUUCUUCUUCUAGCGCAUACACGUAGACAAAUAAAUCAUAAUGAUAUAAAAUCUAAACAAGAAAGUCGAUAUAAAUUGUCAGAUAAUUUUCAACAGUUAUCCAGUCCUUUAAGGUUAGAAGAAAACAAACUUUCUGAUUCAUUCAAUUGUAACGAUGAUUUUCAAGCCGUGAAUGAUCUAAAUGAACUGAAAUCUCAUUUCGAUCAUUCAAUAGUAGAUGUUUCCAAUACUGAUGGACAGCAACUAAGAAUCUCAGAGACUUUCUACCCAGUUAAUGUAAAUGGACUUCUUAUUUGGAAUUUGUAUAUUAACAAUAAAUUAAAUGAAAUUAUUAUAUGUCCUGAAACAUAUCAGAUAUGGUUGAAUAAUCAAAAAAUUAAAAAUAUCAAAGUAUAUUUAGAUUGUCAUAGACAAUUACAACAUGGGACACUAUUACUUCAAUUUGAAAGCAACCUAUCAAAGGAUUCAAUGAAUAAUAAGAAUUCAUAUCAACAAAUUAUGAAAUGUUUCAAUUAUCAAUUUAUUAUUUCUGCGGUUUAUUCCUCUGAAAUUUCUGUAACACUGGAAGAUAAAGAACUUAUUUUAGAUCCAUUACAAUUGAAACAUAUGAAAUCAUUUAUGAAUAUGUCAAUGAUCAAUUGGACAAUUCGUUAUAUUUAUCAUAUUUAA